CGGUUCAAUUAUUAUUCUUCUUUUUCGAUUCGGUUGCAAUGGAGUGGCAGCCGCAAGAUGAACCGUUGAGACAGCUGGCUUGCUGUCUCCGGGAUUCGUUGAAUGGGUAUAACCGUGAGCUGCAGAAGCAGGCGGAGGAGAUGCUCGUGAAUGCGACUUCCUCGCCCGACUAUGUCAACUACAUUACCUGCCUCUUCUCCACGCCGCAAGCUCCGGCCUCGCUGGCCAUGGACCAAGAUACGUAUAACGUGGUGCGGUUUGCGGCGGCGAUGAACCUCAAGACCAAGCUGCGGGUCGCAUACACCACGGUGCCGCAGCCCAGCUUGGCGUACAUCCGGUCGGCGUGCCUGCAGGGGCUCAAGGACGAGAAUGUGCAGAUCCGCAACUCGGCGGGCAGUAUCAUCACCGAGCUGGUGCAGCAGGCCGGGCUGCUGGCGUGGCCCGAGGUGCUGCACGAGCUGCUCUCGCUCGUCGGCAACGCCGCCGGCGACAUUCCCGUGCGCGCCCAGGAGGCCGCCAUGUCCGCCCUGGCCAAGGUCUGCGAGGACAACCGCAAGAUCCUCGACCGCGACUACGAGGGCCAGCGCCCGCUCGACGUCAUCAUCCCCAAACUCAUGGACUUCACCUCGAGCGAGAGCUCCCAGGUGCGCUCCGUCGCCCUCGCCACCAUCCACGUUUUCUUGCCCCAUCGGCCCCAGGCCCUCAUGGCCUCCGUCGACCUCUUCCUCGCCCAUCUGUUCCGCCUCGCCAACGACAACAACACCGACGUCCGCCGCACCGUCUGCCAGUCCUUUGCCCAGCUCGUCGACGUCGCCCCGGAGAAGCUCAUCCCCCACCUCGACGGCCUCGUCAACUACGUCAUUCUGCAGCAGCAUAACCCCGAGGACCCGGAGCUCGCCCUCGACGCCGCGGAGUUCUGGCUCGUCGCCGGCGAGCAGCAGAAGCUGCAACAACCCCUCGCCCCCCAUAUGCCCAAGAUCGUCCCCGUCCUGCUUCGCAGUAUGGUCUAUGAUGAGGACGAGGCCCUCCGGCUCGCCAUGGAAGCCGAGGAUGCCGAGGUCGAGGACCGCGCCGAGGAUUUGAAACCCCAGUUCGCAAAAUCCAAGGGCGCCCGGCUGGACGGCGGAAAACCGGACGGCAGCGGCGGCGGCGGCGCUCCCGAUCAGUCAGCCAACGGCGGUGAUAAUAACAAGAGCAACAACAACAACAACAACAACAACAACAACAACAACAACAAUACCAGCAGCAAUAAUAGUAAUAAUAACAAUAACAGCAGCAGCAGCAACAACAACAAGAACAUCACAGGGAUAGAUGACAGGGACGAAGAUGAGGAUGAGCUGAGCGAAGGCGAGAUCGAAGAUUCCGAGUUUGGCGACGACCCGGAGGACGAGUGGACGCUACGAAAAUGCUCGGCCGCGGCGCUCGACGUCUUUGCCAACGUCUACCACCAGCCCAUCUUCGAGGUCAUCCUGCCCUAUCUCAAGGAGACGCUGCGUCACGAGCAAUGGCCGCAUCGUGAGGCCGCCGUGCUGACCCUCGGCGCCGUAGCCGACGGCUGCAUGGAUGCCGUCACCCCGCAUCUCCCCGAACUCGUCCCCUACCUGAUCUCCCUGCUGAACGACCCGAUCCAUGUGGUGCGGCAGAUCACCUGCUGGUGCCUGGGCCGGUACUCGGAGUGGGCCUCGCACCUGCAGGACCCUGCGGAGCGGGCGCGCUACUUUGAGCCGAUGAUGGAGGGCAUCCUGCGCCGCAUGCUGGACAACAACAAGAAGGUGCAGGAGGCGGCGGCCUCGGCGUUUGCCAGCCUGGAGGAGAAGUCGGACGCCAACCUGGUCCCCUACUGCGAGCCGAUCCUGCGCCAGUUUGUGCAAUGUUUCGGCAAGUACAAGGACCGCAACAUGUACAUCCUGUACGACUGCGUGCAGACGUUGGCCGAGUCGGUCAUGGGCGAGCUGGCCACGCCGCACCUGGUCGACAUCCUCAUGCCCGCGCUCAUCGACCGCUACAACAAGGUCUCGGACCAGUCGCGCGAGCUCUUUCCCCUCCUCGAGUGUCUCGGCUACCUGGCCGCCGCGUACGGCGACGCGUUCUCCCCCUUUGCCGCCCCGCUCUUCCAGCGCUGCAUCAAGAUCAUCUACGAGAAUCUGCAGGAGUACCUGGCCUCGGUGAACAACCAGGCGCUGGACGAGCCGGACAAGGAUUUCCUGGUGACCAGUCUCGACCUGCUGAGCGCCAUCAUCCAGGCGAUCGACCCGCGCAAGAGCGGCGACCUGGUGGCCAGCUCGCAGCCGCGCUUCUUCGACCUGCUGUGCUACUGCAUGGAGGACCCCAACUACGAGGUGCGGCAGUCGUCGUACGCCCUGCUGGGCGACUGUGCGAUCAACAUCUUCCCGCAGCUGGAACCCUUCAUCCCCAACAUCCUACCGACACUGAUCAAGCAGCUGGACCUGGACCAGAUCCGGGACGACGACCGCCACACGGGGUUCAGCGUGCUCAACAACGCGUGCUGGUCGUGCGGCGAGAUCGCGGUCAACGAAAAGGCGACGCUGGGGCCGUACGUCGACAAGAUCUACCAGGGGCUUUGCGUCAUCAUCAACAACGAGGAGGUGGUCGACUCGGUCAACGAGAACGCGGCGCUGGCCCUGGGUCGGCUGGGGAUCAGCUGCUCGGACCAGCUGGCGCCGCGGCUGGCCGAGUACGCCGAGGUCUUCCUCAAGGCGAUGGCCAGCAUCGACUUUACGCGCGAAAAGGCGUCGGCCUUUCUGGGCUUCAACCACGUCGUCAUGAAGAACCCGCAGGCCAUGGAGUCGUGUCUGGCCGACUACUUCCAGGCCAUUGCCGCCUUCCCCACCAAGACCCUCAGCCAGGAGGAGUAUCACGACAUCCAGAGUUCAUUUCAGCAGGUCCUGCAAGGUUAUAAAAACAUGAUACCCAAUUUCGACUCGUUCCUCUCGCAACUGCCGCCGCCGGUGACCCAGAAGCUUCGUUCUGUGUAUCAGAUCUAGCUUUGGAUCUCCUCUUUGACUUUUUGC